AAUUUGGAAGAUUGCUGGUGGGCUUGUGGUGGCACCCCAUCCGCCCUGGUCUGCUCGCGAAUGACCUGGGCUUGAUUUUUCUUCAACCAGCAUCGACUUGUCUGGUCGCAUCUCCAUCACCCGCCCCGCAGCCGGGGGCCGACCGAUCGAUCGACCGAGCCAUGCCGUUCGGACAGAAGCGACAGCGCGAGGCGCCGUCCUCCUCGCAUCAUCCGGCCGUGGCUUCUGGCGAGGUCGUCGACGAGACCGCCCACGACCUGGCUGACAUCUCGCUCUCCAAGAGGUCGGCGACCGACCAGGAUGUCGAGCGCAAGCUCUCGCAGAUCGCGCUGCUCGAACGGACUCCGUUGCGGCCGUCGAUGCAUCCGCUGUGGAAUCUCGCUCCAUCACAGGCGGCUGCAGGCCAACAUCCGCUUCGGCCCGGAUCGCCGUGGACGGUCUCGGGGGCCGUCGGUGUUGCGCCCGAAUCAUCUGCCGAAAGCCUUCGUCACCUCAGCGAGCGCAAUCCGCCAAGGCCUUCUCGGACCGUUGCUGCGACGGCCCUCACAGCGCCAUCGCCCGUCUCGCCUGCGCUGCCCUUCAUCUCCCCCAGCGGCGCAUCCAUUGCACCCGCUUCGCCAUCCGCCCUCCUGCAUCCAGAGACAUCCAGACCUAUAUCCAUGACCAGCAGCGGCCCGUCCUCGUCGUCGUCACUGCCCAGCUCCCUUGCCUCCAUGGAGGAGCUGCAAGCCGCCCUGCCUCGGUCCCCGCAUCCUCUAGCGGCGCUUCCAGCACGAACCGUCGACCGACAACUCGAGCAGUCCCUGACGAUGCUCCGGUGCCUGGGCAUCUCUCAUGAACUGACACCCUCAGGCUAUUGGAGCGGCCUGCCGCCGCCGCCAUCGGAUGCCGAUACCAAUGAGAAUGCCAGCACUAGUGCCAAAGCCGAUACCAAACGAGACGCCUUCGGUGCUUUCCCGGCGGUCUCUCCGACCUCUCCCCGAUCUCAGUUGCUGCAUGUAGCAAGGGCCGCAUCGGACCAGCGGCGGAACUUCCGGAUCGACACAUCCUUGGGGCCAAGAGGUCCCGUAGCAACUCCAAGCUCGUCGCCAGUGGAGUUUCGUCCCAGCGCUGGCUCUAGCUCCGGCUUCAGCUUUCUCUCACCCGCCUCGGGUCUGCAAGUCCCGUCGAUGUCACCACCAUCCACAUUCAGCCGUCGCGGUUCCAUCGGGUCGCCGCCGAUCCAGCGCUCGGCGAGUACCAUCGCUGCUGAAGCAUCCCCUCAGCGAUCCAAGCCCAGAUCCAAGCCCGGUCUCAAAGAAAAGCUCAUCUUUGAACGCAAGACCCUCAACAAGACCAUUUCGUCGGCUCCGAGUCGCCCCGCGACGCUGCCUCACCGCAUCCAUCAUCACCACGGCGGCGAUCGGGACACCGUCCACCUCUGGACCAAGACGUACCGGCCACUGCGGAUACCGAGUGUCUUGCUCACCCCGGCCGGGUCGUAUCUCUGGUCCGGUCGCACCCCGCAGCUGAACCCAGAGCAGGCUCAAGUUGUGCUCUACCGGGCGCCGGGACUGUCUGGUCUCUUGGCACCCACCAGUCCGCCCGAACAUAGCAUGCCGCAUCUUCCCGAGCAACUCAGCACCGAGUCCCGGACAACCUCGAUAAGCUCGAUGAUUACAGAAGUCGUUCCGCUCGCCAAAGCCGACGAACUCUUGAGCUCGCUCGACGACGAUGUUGACAAUGGUGAUGCCGUGCGGGGGCCUCAGAUGGAUCUGGACUGAAAGCGAUGAUGCCCUCAACGCCUGCGCCGAAUACGCCUGUCACGAGCAGCAGCACGGGCGAAUCUACGGCGUGCAGUUGAAACCGCCGCAGAAUUGGAUGAAAUACAGCCAUGUUUUUGGACCCUGCG